AUGAGCUCCGACAUACGAACCGAUUUCAUCAUUAUAGGCGUUGGCCCAGCCGGAGCAGCGUUGGCGGCGUUUUUGGGUUACAAUGGCCUUAGCGGACUUGCAAUUUCAAAAGACUCUGCAACAGCUGAAACGCCGCGAGCUCAUACUUUCAACCCAUUCGCUUUCGAGUGUCUACGUGACGUCGGCAUAGAAGAUUCAGCUUGGGAAGUCGCUUUACAUGGGAAACAUUUCCAGUCUAUGCGAUGGUCCCGGAGCUUUGUAGGGGAGGAAUACGGAAGAGUUCGGGGUUGGGCCGAACACCCAUCAAGCAUGGGACCUACAGCAGCCAUCUCACCUUGCCAAUAUGCCGAGCUUCCGCAGUCAAUGCUGGAGCCUGUGCUUAUUAAAUACGCCUCUCAUAACGGGUUCAACAUCCGCUUUUCGACGGAGCUGAUUGACGUCAAGCCUACUAAAACAAAUGACGGGCAGAGGGAGUUCCUCUGUUCCCUUUUUGAUCGUGUAACGCAGCAGCCAUGGCAAGUGCGCGCUCGAUAUCUUUUUGGGGCGGAUGGGGCGCGAAGUCAGGUAGCCCGCUCUCUCGAUUUUCAGUUCGACACUAAACCCAGUGGAAAUAAGGCUUGCAACGUUUUGAUCCGGGCAGAUUUGAGUCAUCUCAUGCACAAGGAGCGUUAUGCAGUAUUGCACUGGGUCCUUAAACCUGAUCAAAGCACGUUCUCCGGCGUUGUGGCCCAGCUUCGUGUGGUGAGGCCUUGGAAGGAAUGGGUUCUCGUGGUGUUUGGUCCGGGUGGAACGAACCCUUUCGAGAAUAUGACCAUUGACGAUCCUCGCAUAGCUGAUUUUGCGAGGGAGGUUAUUGGGGACAGCUCAAUCGACGUUGAAGUUCUUCGUCUCGAUGCUUGGACUGUGCGCGAAUCUGUUGCUAAGUGCUAUGUCGAUUCCAGUACUCAGGCAUUCAUUUUGGGAGAUGCGGCCCAUCGACACCCCCCUGUCUAUGGCUUGGGCAGCAACACGUGCGUGCAAGACGCGUACAAUCUUGCGUGGAAGAUUCUAUACGUUUCAAAAGGCCUCGCGGGACAGGGUUUGCUGGAAACGUACAAUGCAGAGCGGCAGCCGGUUGGUGCGUCACUGGUCCGCGCGGCGAAUGAUGGGUUUCAAUCACAUGCCGAGAUAUGGGGUGCUCUGGGCAUGUUUGCCCCCAGUCCUGAGGAAGGGUUGAAGCAUCUUGAUCAGUUUUAUCACGCCUCCCCUGAAGGCGCUGAGCGCCGAGCGAUCAUUCAAAAUAGUCUGCAGAACAUUGAGCGUGAAGUUCAGAGCCUCGGUAUUGCACACAACCAAUGGUAUACGUCAGGAGCUGUGUACCUUCAUGAUGAGCAAUCGAGCAGGCCCGUGCUACACGGAGAUCCUGUCGUCAAUGUCCAAGUUACGACAUACCCUGGCAGUCGACUUCCUCACGCGUGGCUGGAUAUAGCUACAAGGGGAGAAUUACGAUCAACGCACGAUCUGGCUGGGAAGGGUGCCUUUUGCUUGUUCUUUGGCAUAGGAGGCGAGCGAUGGAAACAGGCAGCAAAUGCCGUGAGAAAGGCCACGGGAAUACCUCUAAAUGCGUAUGGGGUCGGCUUCGGUCUUGAUUAUAUUGACGUUGAUCGAGACUGGUGUCGUAAACGAGAAGUGGAAGAAGCAGGAUGCGUGCUUGUGCGACCAGACCGGUUUGUUGCUUGGAGGUCCACCAAGAUGAUCACAGACUGUGAAGGCAAACUUCUUGAUGUCCUCAAUCAAGUAUUGUCAAGGACAGAGCUCAGAUAG